AUGGCGCGGUCUGUUAAGACAAUAGUUGUUGGCGAAGUGAUUGGAGAUAUGCUCGACAUGUUCACUCCGUCGUCGGAGUUCACCGUCCAGUGUGGCAGCAAGCAAGUAACCAAUGGCCGUGACAUCAAGCCAUCUGCUGCUGCUGAUAAACCUCAUGUCCAAAUUCUUGGCCAUUCACUCUCUUCCAAUUUAUACACACUAGUUAUGGUUGAUCCUGAUGCUCCAGGUCCAAGUGAACCACGAUUGAGGGAGUGGCUCCAUUGUAUUGUAGUAGAUAUUCCUGGGGGACAUGAUGCUACCAAAUGACGAGAGUUGGUAGCUUACG